AUGCAGUCCGCCCUGGUCCUCCUCGCGCUGCUGUUGUUGCCCCUCUCUGCUAGCUCCGCGUUGCCCACUGCGACAUCCGUCGUGGCCGGUCUGAACGAACUUGCGCGCGCCGCUGGGAAGCUCUACUUCGGCACGGCGACGGACAACACGACGCCCGAGUUCACUGACCCGACCUACAUGGGUAUCCUGGAGAACUACAACCAGUUCGGACAGCUGACGCCGGCGAACGCGAUGAAGUGGAUGUACAUUGAGCCUGAGCCUGGCGUGUUCAACUUUACGCUCGGGAACCAGAUUGCUGACCUCGCCGAGGAAUAUGGUAUGGUGCUCCGAGGCCACAACGGGGUCUGGUACGAGGAGCUCCCGAGCUGGGUCACGUCGACCGAUUGGAAUGCGACGGGGCUCGCAUACGCUGUGCAACGGCACGUCAGCGGUAUUGUGGGACAGUACGCUGGUCGAGUGUACGCUUGGGACGUCGUCAACGAGCCGUUGAACGACAAUGGAACAUACCGCGAGGACUUGUUCUAUAAUGCCCUCAACACGACUUACAUCAACAUUGCAUUGGAGGCUGCCCGCGCGGCGGACCCCAAUGUCAAGCUCUACAUCAAUGAGUACAACAUCGAAUACGUUGGAACCAAGUCAACAGCGAUGCAGAACCUGAUUAAGCAGCUGCAGUCGGAAGGCGUUCCCCUCAGCGGUGUCGGCAUGGAGUCCCACUUCAUCGUCGGCGAGGUGCCGACGACGCUGGUGGAGAAUUUCGAAGCCUACGCAGCGCUCGGGCUCGAGUUUGCUAUCACUGAGCUCGAUAUACGCAUGGAGCUUCCAGCGACCGAGGAGCUUUACGAGCAGCAGAAGCAGGACUACUACACCGUCGUCAACGCCUGUAUGCAGGUCUCUGCAUGUGUCGGUGUGACCGUCUGGGACUGGACUGACAAGUACUCGUGGGUUCCCGGCACCUUCCCUGGAUAUGGUGAUGCGUGCCCAUGGGACGCAAACUACACGCGCACGCCCGCAUACGAUGGUAUCGCCAUUGCAUUUGAGGGGCAGAGUAUCUCCGCCUAA